GCGGACGGCUCGCGCACACAGCCUCGUGAUGCAGACGUCGGGGAGCCGGAGACUCGCGCUUCCCUCGCGCUCCAUUUCGCCCUCAACGACUCGGUGCGCUCGCGCUGACCUGUCCGCCUCCGCGAAGCCCGCGAAGCCCGCGAAGCGGCGCGAAACAGAAUCCGCUCGCUUUUAGCGCCUCCGCCGCUCCGCUCCGCCCGCUCCGCCGCUCCGUCCGCGCAAUCCUCCGCAACACGGCGAAGACUACAUGAAACUGACAGAGGGCCAGUGACUGGUGUCUCUUGUGUUCUCAUCCCGGCGGAUGAGUCUGGAGCCUGAGCUGUGAUUGGGUGCAGGGCAGAUCGGAGCACAGCGGGUCAGCAUGGCGGACGUGGACCCGGACACCCUGCUGGAGUGGCUGCAGAUGGGCCAGGGGGACGAGAGGGACAUGCAGCUGAUCGCCCUGGAGCAGCUCUGUAUGCUGCUGCUCAUGUCUGACAACGUCGACCGCUGCUUUGAAACGUGUCCCCCGAGAACCUUCCUCCCCGCGCUGUGUAAGAUCUUCCUGGAUGAGAGUGCUCCGGAUAACGUGCUGGAGGUGACGGCGAGAGCUAUCACAUACUACCUGGACGUGUCUGCGGAGUGCACCCGCCGCAUUGUGGGCGUGGAUGGUGCCAUCAAAGCCCUGUGUAACCGGCUGGUGGUGGUGGAGCUCAACAACCGCACCAGCCGUGACCUGGCUGAGCAGUGCGUCAAGGUGCUGGAGCUGAUUUGCACACGGGAGUCGGGCGCGGUGUUUGAGGCUGGGGGCCUAAACUGUGUGCUGAGCUUUAUCAGGGACAGCGGCCACCUGGUACACAAAGACACGCUGCACUCCGCCAUGGCCGUCGUGUCCCGCCUCUGCGGCAAGAUGGAGCCGCAGGACUCGUCCCUGGAGACGUGCGUGGAGUCCCUGUCCAGCCUGCUGAAGCACGAGGACCACCAGGUGUCGGAUGGGGCUCUGCGCUGCUUCGCCUCGCUGGCGGAUCGCUUCACCCGCCGCGGGGUGGACCCCGCGCCCCUGGCCAAGCACGGCCUGACAGAGGAGCUGCUGUCCCGCAUGGCGGCCGCGGGGGGCACCGUUUCGGGGCCCUCCUCCACCUGCAAGCCCGGCCGCGCCUCCACGGGGGCCACGCCCUCUGCCGCAGACUCCAAACUCAGCAACCAGGUGUCCACCAUCGUCAGCCUGCUGUCCACCCUAUGCAGGGGCUCUCCGCUCGUCACCCACGACCUGCUGCGCUCGGAGCUGCCGGACUCCAUGGAGAGCGCCCUGCAGGGCGAUGAGCGCUGUGUGCUGGACACUAUGCGGCUGGUGGACCUGCUGCUGGUGCUGCUGUUCGAGGGCCGCAAGGCGCUGCCCAAAUCGACGGCGGGCUCGACGGGGCGCAUCCCGGGCCUGCGUCGGCUCGACAGCUCGGGCGAGCGCUCCCAUAGGCAGCUCAUCGACUGCAUCCGCAGCAAGGACACCGACGCGCUCAUCGACGCCAUCGACACUGGAGCCUUUGAAGUGAACUUCAUGGACGAUGUGGGGCAGACCCUCCUGAACUGGGCCUCUGCGUUCGGCACACAGGAGAUGGUGGAGUUUCUGUGUGAAAGAGGUGCUGAUGUCAACAGAGGUCAGAGGUCGUCCUCUCUACAUUAUGCUGCCUGCUUUGGACGGCCUCAAGUAGCAAAGACCCUGCUGCGGCACGGAGCCAAUCCGGACCUGAGGGACGAGGACGGGAAGACUCCGCUGGAUAAGGCCAGGGAGAGGGGGCACAGCGAGGUGGUGGCCAUCCUGCAGUCCCCCGGAGACUGGAUGUGUCCUGUCAACAAAGGGGAUGACAAGAAAAAGAAAGAUGUGAACAAGGAGGAGGAGGAGAGCAACGAACCAAAGGGGGACCCUGAAAUGGCCCCCACCUACCUGAAGAGACUGCUCCCAGUGUUCGCUCAGACUUUCCAGCAGACCAUGCUGCCCUCCAUCAGGAAGGCCAGCCUGGCUCUGAUCCGGAAGAUGAUCCACUACAGCUCAGAGGCGCUGCUGAAGGAGGUGUGCGACUCCGACUCCGGCCACAACCUGCCCACCGUGCUGGUGGAGAUCACCGCCACCGUGCUGGACCAGGAGGACGACGAUGACGGUCACCUGCUGGCCCUGCAGAUCAUCAGGGAUCUGGUGGAUAAGGGUGGGGAUGUGUUCCUGGACCAGCUGGCCAGGCUGGGCGUCAUUAACAAGGUUUCCACGCUGGCCGGGCCCACGUCAGACGACGAGAACGAGGAGGAGUCUAAACCUGAGAAGGAGGACGAGCCGCAGGAGGAUGCCAAAGAGAUCCAGCAGGGGAAGCCGUACCACUGGAGGGACUGGUCCAUCAUCCGCGGCCGCGACUGCCUGUACAUCUGGAGUGACGCCGCGGCGCUGGAGCUCUCCAACGGCUCCAACGGCUGGUUCCGCUUCAUCCUGGACGGGAAGCUGGCCACCAUGUACUCGAGCGGCAGCCCUGAGGGCGGGUCUGACAGCUCAGAGAGCAGGAGUGAGUUCCUGGAGAAGCUGCAGAGAGCUCGCAGUCAAGUGAAGCCAGCUACCGCCAGCCAGCCCAUCCUGUCUGCACUGGGGCCGACCAAGCUGACCGUGGGCAACUGGUCCCUCACCUGCCUGAAGGAGGGUGAGAUCGCCAUCCACAACUCGGACGGCCAGCAGGCCACCAUCCUGAAGGAGGACCUGCCAGGCUUCGUCUUCGAGUCCAACAGGGGGACCAAGCACUCCUUCACUGCCGAAACUUCCCUGGGUAAGUUUGUAGGCUCAGAGUUUGUGACUGGCUGGACUGGGAAGAGAGGAAGGAAGCUCAAGUCCAAAUUGGAGAAAACAAAACAAAAGGUGAAGACCAUGGCCAGAGAUCUGUAUGAUGAUCAUUUCAAGGCUGUGGAGAGCAUGCCCAGGGGAGUGGUGGUCACGCUGAGAAACAUCGCCACCCAGCUGGAGUCUGCCUGGGAGCUGCAUACCAACAGACAGUGUAUCGAAGGAGAGAACACAUGGCGAGACUUGAUGAAAACUGCACUUGAGAAUUUGAUUGUGGUUCUGAAGGAUGAAAACACCAUUUCUCCGUAUGAAAUGUGUAGCAGUGGCCUCGUGCAAGCACUUUUUACGGUCCUCAACAAUAGUGUGGACCUUGAUGUGAAACAUGAUUGUAAGCCAUUGAUGGAGCGAAUCAAUGUGUUUAAAACUGCAUUUAGUGAAAACGAAGACGAUGAAAGCCGACCCGCAGUUGCCUUAAUCCGCAAGCUCAUAGCAGUGCUGGAGUCCAUUGAACGGCUACCUCUUCACCUGUACGACACUCCAGGCUCCACAUACAACCUGCAGAUUCUGACGAGGCGGCUGCGGUUCCGUCUGGAGCGGGCCCCCGGGGAGACGGCCCUGAUCGACCGCACCGGCCGCAUGCUGAAAAUGGAGCCGCUGGCCACUGUCGAGUCGCUGGAGCAGUACCUGCUCAAAAUGGUGGCCAAGCAGUGGUACGACUUCGACCGCUCGUCCUUCAUCUUCGUCAGGAAGCUGCGCGAGGGCCACACCUUUACAUUCAGACACCAGCACGACUUUGACGAGAACGGGAUCAUCUACUGGAUCGGCACCAACGCCAAGACUGCAUAUGAGUGGGUGAACCCUGCCGCCUAUGGGCUGGUGGUGGUGACCUCAUCGGAGGGGCGGAACCUGCCCUACGGCCGGCUCGAGGACAUCCUGAGCCGGGACAGCUCCGCCCUCAACUGCCACACCAACGACGACAAGAACGCCUGGUUUGCCAUUGACCUGGGGCUGUGGGUCAUCCCGUCGGCCUACACCCUGCGGCACGCCCGGGGGUACGGCCGCUCCGCCCUCAGGAACUGGGUUUUCCAGGUGUCCAAGGACGGCCAGAACUGGAUGACCCUGUACACCCACGUUGACGACUGCAGCCUGAAUGAGCCGGGGUCCACAGCAACGUGGCCGCUGGACCCGUCCAAAGAGGAGAAGCAGGGCUGGAGGCACGUGCGCAUCCGGCAGAUGGGGAAGAACGCCAGCGGCCAGACCCACUACCUGUCCCUGUCAGGCCUGGAGCUGUACGGCACCGUCAGCGGCGUCUGCGAGGACCAGCUGGGCAAAGCGGUGAAGGAGGCGGAAGCCAACCUGCGGCGUCAGCGGCGCAUCUUCCGCUCGCAGGUGAUGAAGUACAUCGUGCCGGGAGCGCGCGUCGUGCGCGGCAUCGACUGGAAGUGGCGGGACCAGGACGGCACCCCGGCGGGCGAGGGCACCGUGACCGGGGAGGCCCACAACGGGUGGAUUGAUGUCACCUGGGAUGCUGGUGGCUCAAACUCUUACCGUAUGGGUGCAGAAGGAAAAUUUGACCUCAAGCUUGCGCCAGGGUACGACCCUGAGUCUGCGCCGUCACCCAAACCUGUCUCAUCCACUGUUUCAGGCACAGCGCAGUCCUGGAGCAGCCUGGGGAAAAAUAACUGUCCAGACAAGGGGGGCUCCUCCUCGGGGGCGGGGGCCAGCUCCUCCAGCCGGAAGGGCAGUAGCAGCUCCAUGUGUAGCGUGGCCAGCAGCAGCGAUAUCAGUCUGAGCUCCGCCAAGCUGGAGCGGCGGGCAGACAGCCUGCUGGAGCAGGGGGGGGGCGGCGGGAGCGUGGCGGCGGGGGCCGACAGCCAGGAGCCCAUAGUGGUGCUGUCCGCGGCCGACACGGAGGCGGGCUCCGCCUCCAGCACCAGCACGCUAACGGCCGACACGGGCAGCGAGGGCGGCGAGCGCAAAGCCGACAGUGCGCUGCGGCCGGCCGCCGAGGCCGCCAUCUCCAUGGGACUAGUGAGCGUCAGUUCCCCGGACGUCAGCUCAGUGUCGGAGUCCUCCAGCAAGGACGCACCUUCCCAGAGGCCCCUGUGCUCGGCGGCCAGUGCCCGCCUGUCCGUCAGCUCGCUGCUGGCGGCCGGCGCGCCCAUGAGCUCCAGCGCCAGCGUGCCCAACCUGUCGUCGCGUGAGGCCAGCCUCAUGGAGUCGUUUGUGCGCCGCCCGCCCAACAUGUCCCGCACCAACGCCACCAACAACAUGAACCUGAGCCGCAGCAGCAGCGACAACAACACCAACACGCUGGGCCGCACCGCCAUGGGCACCGCCACUUCUCCUCUCAUGGGUGCUCAGAGCUUUCCUAACCUCACAACCACUGGUACCACCUCCACCGUUACAAUGUCCACCUCCAUAGUAACCAGCAGCAAUAAUGUAGCCACGGCAACCACAGGUUUGUCCGUCGGCCAGUUGCUCAGUAACACGCUGACGACCAGCCUGACCUCCACCUCUAGUGAGAGCGACACAGGUCAGGAGGCUGAGUUUUCCCUCUAUGACUUCCUGGACAGUUGCCGUGCCAACACACUGCUAGCAGAGUUAGAUGACGAGGAAGACCUGCCUGAGCCAGACGAAGACGAGGACGAAAAUGAAGAUGACAAUCAGGAGGACCAGGAGUAUGAGGAGGUUCUGGAGGAGGAGGAGUAUGAGACGAAAGGCGGUCGGCGCAGGACGUGGGACGAUGACUUUGUGCUGAAGCGGCAGUUCUCCGCGCUCGUGCCUGCGUUUGACCCCCGACCCGGCCGGACCAACGUCCAGCAAACCACCGACCUGGAGAUCCCUCCCCCAGGUACCCCUCGCUCGGAGGUGCAGGAGGAGGUGGAGUGCGCCCCCUCUCCACACCUGGCCCUCAUCCUGAAGGUGUCCGGGCUGGGCACCACCCGCGAGGUGGAGCUGCCCCUCACCAACUACAAAUCCACCAUCUUCUACUACGUGCAGAAGCUGCUGCAGCUGUCCUGCAACGGCAGCGUCAAAUCAGACAAACUGAGGCGCAUCUGGGAGCCCACAUACACGAUAAUGUACAGAGAGCUGAAGGACUCGGACAAAGAGAAGGAGAGCGGAAAGAUGGGUUGCUGGUCUGUAGAGCAUGUGGAACAGUACCUUGGCACUGAUGAAUUACCAAAGAAUGACUUGAUAACCUACAUGCAGAAGAAUGCAGACUCCUCUUUCCUGCGCCACUGGAAAUUAACCGGCACUAAUAAAAGUAUUAGGAAAAACAGAAAUUGUUCUCAGCUCAUAGCUGCAUACAAGGACUUCUGUGAGCAUGGCUGCCGCGCGUCGGGCCUGAGUCCCGGGUCUCUGGCAGCCAUGCAGAGCUGUGACAUCCUGAGCGCGGGCCGGGAGCAGCCACAGGCCAAGGCCGGCUCGGGCCAGAGCGCCUGCGGCAUGGAGGACGUUCUGCAGCUGCUGCGCAUCCUCUUCAUCAUCGGGGGAGACCCCCACUCCAGCCGCUCGCUGCAGGAAGAAGUGGAUGAUCUUCAGUUCAAUGCAUCCCCUGAGGAGUUCACCAGCAAAAAAGUCACCACUAAGAUCCUGCAGCAGAUUGAGGAGCCCCUGGCGCUGGCGAGUGGGGCCCUCCCAGACUGGUGCGAACAGCUGACCAGCAAGUGCCCUUUCCUCAUCCCGUUCGAGACGCGGCAGCUCUACUUCACCUGCACUGCAUUCGGGGCCUCCAGGGCGAUCGUGUGGCUGCAGAACCGGCGCGAGGCCACAAUGGAGCGGUCCCGGCCGGCCACCACGGUGCGCAGGGACGACCCCGGCGAGUUCCGCGUGGGCCGGCUCAAACAUGAACGUGUGAAGGUGCCGCGCGGGGACAGCAUGAUGGAGUGGGCCGAGAGCGUCAUGCAGAUCCACGCAGACAGGAAGUCCGUGCUGGAGGUGGAGUUCCUCGGGGAGGAGGGCACAGGGCUGGGUCCCACCUUGGAGUUCUACGCCCUGGUGGCAGCGGAGUUCCAGAGGACGUCGCUCGGUAUCUGGCUCUGUGACGACGAUUUCCCAGACGACGAGUCUCGCCAGGUGGAUCUGGGAGGCGGGCUGAAGCCCCCUGGGUAUUACGUGCAGCGGUCCUGCGGGCUGUUCCCCGCCCCCUUCCCCCAGGACAGCGACGAGCUGGAGCGCAUCAGCAAGCUCUUCCUCUUCCUGGGCAUCUUCCUGGCCAAGUGCAUCCAGGACAACCGGCUGGUGGACCUGCCCAUCUCCAGGCCCUUCUUCAAGCUGCUCUGCAUGGGCGACAUCAAGAGCAACAUGAGCAAGCUGCUGUACCAGUCCCGCGGCGAGGCCGACCUGCACCUCUCCGACAUCCGGUCCGAGGCGUCCACGGAGGAGGGCCACGACAGCUACUCGCUGGGCAGCUUUGACGAGGACUCCAAGUCCGAGUUCAUCCUGGACCCCCCCAAGCCCAAGCCCCCAGCCUGGUACCACGGCAUCCUGACCUGGGAGGACUUUGAGCUGGUGAACCCCCACCGGGCCAAGUUCCUGAAGGAGCUGAAGGAGCUGGCAGUGAAGCGUCGGCAGAUCCUCAGCAACAAGAGCCUGUCGGAGGACGAGAAGAACACGCGUCUGCAGGGCCUCAUGCUGAAGAACCCCACCGGCUCCGGACCCCCCCUCAGCCUGGAGGACCUGGGGCUGAAUUUCCAGUUCUGCCCCUCGUCCAAAGUGCACGGCUUCUCCGCAGUGGACCUGAAGCCCAACGGCGAGGAUGAGAUGGUGACCAUGGAAAACGCGGAGGAGUAUGUGGAGCUCAUGUUUGACUUCUGCAUGCACACAGGGAUCCAGAAGCAGAUGGAGGCCUUCCGAGAUGGCUUCAACCGCGUCUUCCCCAUGGAGAAGCUCAGCUCCUUCAGCCACAGGGAGGUGCAGAUGAUCCUGUGUGGGAAUCAGUCUCCGUCCUGGACUGCGGAGGACAUUGUCAACUACACUGAGCCGAAACUGGGCUACACCAGAGACAGCCCCGGAUUCCUGCGCUUUGUGCGGGUGCUCUGUGGAAUGUCGUCAGACGAGAGAAAAGCAUUCCUGCAGUUCACCACAGGCUGCUCCACUCUGCCCCCUGGUGGUCUUGCCAACCUGCACCCUCGCCUCACCAUCGUGCGCAAGGUGGAUGCCACGGACGCCAGCUACCCCUCGGUGAACACCUGCGUGCACUACCUGAAGCUGCCGGAGUACUCGUCAGAGGAGAUUAUGAGAGAGCGCCUCCUGGCUGCCACCAUGGAGAAGGGUUUCCACCUGAACUGAGCGACGCCCCUCCCCCUGCCCCACACUGGUGAAGCCUGUUGUGUUUCUGUUGCAAAAAAUAAAGAAAAACAAGCUGUGCUCUCUGAGACCCUCCCCUCUCUCCCCAAAGCUUUAGGAAAUGAGGCCCAUGAUGACUCUACUAGCUACUGAUGAGGAUGCGUGCGCCCCGCCCUGCCCAUGUCCCGGGACCGCGUGCUGCUGCAGGGGUGAGAGGCUGGCCCCCGACUCGCCCCCGCAGAGCCGCCCCGGGCAGGGGGGUGGGGCGUCUGCCUCUGUAGAGCUGUGACUGUAGAGUGUUUGGGCGUUUCCUCAACAGGUUUUCAGUUUUACUAGUGCCUGCACCGUUUGAGUAUUAGAUUCUUUUCUCUUUUCCUUUUUAUCUGACAGCAUACAAUCAUGCACAUGGCUUUCUGUCCACUCCUUUUGCUUUCCCUACCGUGUGACUACGUUUGAUUGUUUCAGUGCCCUGCUAUGAGGAUCAAAGUCCCUGAGUGCAUUUGUGUAAUUUUACAAUAAAGCUAUAGAGACAAAAACACUGGUUUAGGUGC